AUGUAGAAUUCUUUAUUUCCCAUAAUCCCUUCUGUUUUCGCCCUCUUUUCCUUUUGCAGCCAUGUCGAAGAGAGGACGUGGGGGUUCAUCCGGUGCGAAGUUCCGAAUCUCGUUGGGUCUUCCAGUGGGAGCAGUUAUUAAUUGUGCCGACAACACUGGUGCCAAGAACCUUUACAUCAUCUCUGUGAAGGGCAUUAAAGGGCGUCUUAACCGUCUGCCUGCUGCUGGAGUGGGUGACAUGGUGAUGGCGACAGUCAAGAAGGGCAAGCCUGAGCUCAGGAAGAAGGUGCACCCUGCAGUCGUAAUCAGGCAGCGGAAGUCCUAUCGGCGAAAAGAUGGAGUCUUUCUCUACUUUGAGGACAAUGCAGGUGUCAUCGUGAAUAAUAAAGGAGAAAUGAAAGGUUCUGCCAUCACUGGUCCAGUAGCCAAGGAGUGUGCUGAUCUUUGGCCCAGGAUUGCCUCCAAUGCUGGCAGCAUUGCCUGAACCUACUUCAACCCUUCAGUUUCAAUAAAAAAAGAGAGAAAAAAAAUGACUGUAGCAAUGUGAAAGCUUCCCCCCAAUCACUUACUCCUCAAGAGUGAUUGGCUCUCUCAAACGCUAGCAUAUACACGAGCAGUGUAUUCGCACCUCACUGCUGACGUACAUAGAAACCCGUGACUCCAAAUUUAUUCAGCUAACAUUAGUACAACCAUCCAUUUUCUGUACCGCUUAUCAGAAUCCUCUUGAUUUGAUAAGCACUACGUUUUCAGAUGCACUUGCAUAAUAACGUACCCGUAACUUAGGGAUGUUAGGCUCGAGCCUGUCUGCUCGAAUCUGAUUCGACCAAACAAAGUAGGGGAGUGGCGAAGCAGUGUUUCGACACUUUGUUCAAACAUGAUCACUGAGACUUGACUUGCCAAAUAUUUUUUUUGAGAGCUUUAAAGCUUUGUUGAUACAGUACAUGUUCAAACGUGAUUACUGACAUCUCACUCGCCAAAUGGCUUUUUUGAGAGAUUUAAAGUGUUGUUGAUACAGUACAUCACAAUCAUGUUCAAAAAACAAGGUAGGGUGAUAUAUAUUUCAAUUACUGUAUUUUCUCGACCAUAGGGCGCACCUUAUUAAAAGGCACAGACUCAAUUACGAGGUCUAUUUCUGUAUUUAACAUACAUAGGGCGCAGGCAUGGUAAAACACGCUAGCUUAAAACAUACGGUAGCAUGCAUGCACGCUAAAACAAUGUUUUUAAAAAGACAGCGGGAGCAAAACUGAGUUCGGUUGUACUUUAUUGAAGUAUUUAACAGCGAUUGGAAUGCAUGCCAGACUGAUUUAGAGUCGUUAGUGCUAAACUGUUUUUCCAACUUUGCUGCAUAGUUCUCUUUGCAAUGUUAAUUUCUUUAGUCAGCUGGUUUCUAGCUCGAUUACACAGGGCCCUCUCCCCGCUCUGAUAUGCGUCCUCCUUAGCUUGGCGAAGCUGCUUAAGUUUGGCAGUGAACCACGGCUUUUUGUUGUUGUUGAAAGUGCGAAAUGACUUUGUUGGUACACAAAGCUCUUCACAGAAACUGAUAUAGGAUGUGACAGUGUCCGAAUAUUCAUCCAGGCUGCCAGCUGAAUUUUCAAAGACACUCCAGUCGGAGAGGUGGAAAGCAGGUUCUUAGGCAGAAAGAGAAGAGGAAAGCACAAAGCCUAGAAUUGAAUGUUGGGACUAUGAUAGGGAAAGGGAUGGAGAUGGGAAGGAUGUUCAGCAGGUUAGGGUGAUUAAGGAUAGAGAUGGAAAUGUGUUGACUGGUGCCAGCAGUGUGCUGGAUAGAUGGAAAGAAUACUUCAAUGAGUUGAUGAAUGAGGAAAAUGAUAAAGGAAGAGUAGAGGACCAAAGUGUGGUGGACCAGGAUGUGGCAAUGAUUACUAAGGGGAAGUUAGAAAGACAAAGGAUGAAAAAUGGAAAGGCAGUUGGUCCUGAUGACAUUCCUGUGGCGGUAUGGAAGCAUGUAGGAGACAUGGCUGUGGAGUUCUUGACCAGCUUGUUCAACAGUAUUCUAGCAGGUGAGCAGAUGCCUGAGGAAUGGAGGAAAAGUCUGCUGGUGCCCAUUUUGAAGAACAUGGGUGAUGUGCAACAGCCAAGGUUGCAUGUUUUGGAGACAAAGUUAGGGGGGGGGGGGGGAGUAUAUUGGUAGAAGGGUAAUGAGGAUGGAGCUGCCAGGCAAGAGAGCUAGAGGAAGACCAAAGAAAAGGUUGAUGGAUGUCGUGAGGGAAGACAUGAGGACAGUUGGUGUUAGGAGGAUGCAGGAGAUAGAUAGGCUUACAUGGAAAAGGAUGACACGCUGUGGCGACCCCUAACUGGACAAGCCGAAAGGCACAUACAUCAUAAAUAAAGACUAGCGAGCCUGUUCCAGAAGCAGCCAUGCAAGCCCUUGGGCUUGACAUGACAUUACCUCCACCAUGCUUAACAGACGAGCUUGUGUGUUGGAUCAUAAGCAGAUCCUUUCUCACUCCAUACUUUGGCAAAGGUUAAUCUUGGUCUCAUUAGUCCAAGAUUGUUCCCAAACUUUUGUGGCUCAUUUCUGGACUUCCAAAAUCCAAUCUGCCCUUCCGAUUCUUUUUGUUUAUGAGUGGUUUGCAUCUUGUGGUAUGGUGUUUUAAUUUUUUCUCUCAGUCUUCAAACAGUGGAUUGUGAUACCUUCACCCCUGCUCUGCAGAGGUUGGCAAUGAUGUCACAGACUGUUGGCUUUGGGUGUUUCUUCAAAGCUCUCACAAUGUUUCUGUCAACUGCUCUUAAUACCCUUGGCUGAUCUGUUGGAUGUCUGUUGCUCAGUACACUCCAAAUUGCUGUACUGGCUAUGCCCAAUGUUUGAUUUUCCCGGGUUCACUCAGUUUCAAAAUGGUUUCCUUUUCUCCCAUAGACAGCUCUCUGGUCUUUGUUGCUUAACAGAACAUGCAAUUUUCAAAGGUGAAAUUCUGAACGUUUGUUUCAUAUUUAUCUUUUGAACUGAAACACAAAUGUUUUCAGUAUAUACAACAAAAACAAAGGAAUAGACCUUUCCGUUCCAAUACUUCUGGAAGAGACUGUUAUGUGGUGGGACCGGCACCGUUACUUGAAGUUGUGAACAUAAGGUUGCUUGUUGGCUCUAGCUUAUAUUAAGCAAAAACAUUUGAUGUUGCAACAAUUGCAUGCCAGAUCUUAUAAUAAAACAGUUCAUCA